AUGGCGGCCGCCGCUGCCAACGCCGACUACCUAGACGACGACGAGUUCGAUUACUACAACCCGCACCCCUACGCCGGCGGCUACGACAUCACCGCCACCUACGGCUCGCCUCUCCCGCCCUCCUCCGCCACCUGCUACCCCGUCGCCUCUCCCGCUGCGACGCCCGCCCCCACCGCCCCGCAGCCGGUGCCGCGAUCUCCGCUCCCUCAGCCGCCCGCACCCGCACCCGCACCCGCCCCGGCGCCAGCGCCAGCGUCACUGCCCCUUCGGCCGAGCUCGCCACCAUCCCCGGCCCCGGCGCCCACGGCGGAGCCGUACGACUACGGGGACGCGCUGCGCCACCAGCCGUUGUACCCCACGCCGGAGGUGUUCCGCGGGUGGCCGUUCCUGCCGCCGCCGCCGGUGCCGCACUGCCGCUGCCGCUCCGCGUGCGCGUGCGCGUGCGCCCGCGCCCGCCACCGCGACUACUGGAGGCAGUGCAUGCGGGGGCUGGACUUCCUCUUCGGCCACUGCGACGGCUACGGGGAGCGCCGCAUCGGGGUCGACUCCCUCGGGGUCCCCGUCUACGCCAACAGGAAGGGGGGCGUCGAGGACGCCGUCGUCGUCGAGGUGGCGCCGCCGGCCACCGGGACUGUGCAGUGGCGCGACGCCGGCCAGGAGCAGUUUCAGAGCAACCGAUCGUCCUGGUAUGGUAAUGCAGAAGAGGAGACGCAUUCAUAUGAGCAGACUAGCUACACUUCAUAUGAUCGAUCUUAUGAACAGCCUACCUAUACUUCAUAUGACCGAUCUUAUGAACAGCCUACCUACGCUUCAUAUGAUCGACCUUAUGAACAGCCUACCUACGCUUCAUAUGAUCGACCUUAUGAACAGCCUACCUACACUUCAUAUGAUGGAUCCUAUGAACAACACAACUGGUUUCAUGGUGUUCCCGAUGAGACUACUUGGUUUCCUAAUCAGAGAUACCAGGAUGUCUACAGAGAGGAGGAAUCUCAAUACCAGGAAUUCUUGUCUUAUGAUGAAGAUAGUAAAAUUUCGUCUCAACCUAUUUUUAGCUACAAUCAGCAUUUUGGUGAACAACCGCUGCAUAUUCAUGUUGAGCCUCCAGAAACAGUUUCUUCUCACAAGUUGGAGUACUAUGAGAACUUCUCGACUUACAACAGCCAAAAUGAUGUUGAUAAUUUGGAGAGUUCAAGACAAUCAUAUGAGACACAACCCUAUGUGCACAUGCCUUAUGAUCAACUUGAACCUUAUAGGCCUUCGUGGUCUCUGAAUUCAGGAUACUAUCAGGCCUGCACAGAAGGGAUAACUCCUGAAUAUGACAAUCAUACACUGGCAUCUGAUGAAUGCUGGGAUAUGUCAAGCUUAUUUAUGUCUCCAUUCUAUCCUCAAGAAACACGAUCUUAUGAGCAGUCUCAUGGUGAUGAAAAUGUCUAA